GGGCGUCUCUCUACUCGGAGUUAGCAGGAUUCGAGCCGUCUCACUGACCACAGGCCGUGUCGUGUCACCGGUUCUGCAGGCACCAUGAGCCAGGACACCGAAGUGGACAUGAAAGAGGUGGAGCUGAACGAACUAGAACCGGAGAAGCAGCCUAUGAAUGCGGCGGCCGGGGCGGCGGCCGGGGAGAAGAACGGUCUGGUGAAGAUCAAGGUGGCCGAAGACGAGGCGGAGGCGGAGGCCGGGGCCAAGUUCACGGGCUUGUCCAAGGAGGAGCUGUUGAAGGUAGCCGGCAGCCCCGGCUGGGUGCGCACCCGCUGGGCGCUGCUGCUGCUCUUCUGGCUCGGCUGGCUUGGCAUGCUGGCGGGCGCCUGCCGUGAGCUGCCGGUACAGAGGUGGUGGCACGAGGGCGCCCUCUAUCGCGUCGGCGACCUUCAGGCCUUCGUAGGUCCGAACGCGGGAGGCAUAGCUGGUCUGAAAAAGCAUCUGGAGUACUUGAGCACCCUGAAGGUGAAGGGCCUGGUGUUGGGCCCAAUUCACAAGAACCAGAAGGAUGACGUCAAUGGAACCGACUUGAAACAGAUUGACCCCAGUUUAGGCUCCCAGGAAGAUUUUAAAGACCUUCUGCAAUCUGCCAAGAAAAAGAGCAUUCACAUCAUUUUGGACCUCACUCCCAACUACCGGGGCCAGAGUGCAUGGUUCCUCCCUGCUCAAGCUGACUGGGUGGCCACCAAGAUGAAGGAAGCUCUGAGUUCUUGGUUGCAGGAAGGUGUGGAUGGGUUCCAAUUUCGGGAUGUGGAAAAGCUGAUGGAUGCAUCCUUGUACUUGGCUGAGUGGCAGAAUAUCACCAAGAACUUCAGUGAGGAUAGGCUCUUGAUUGCAGGGACUGACUCCUCCGACCUGCAGCAAAUUGUGACCAUACUCGAAUCCACCAGCGACCUGCUGUUGACCAGCUCCUAUCUAUCAAAUUCCAGUUUUACUGGGGAGCAUACAAAAUUGCUAGUCACUCGGUAUUUGAAUGCCACUGGCAGUCACUGGUGCAGCUGGAGUGUGUCUCAGGCAGGGCUCCUGACAGCCUCCGUCCCAGCUCAGCUCCUCCGACUCUACCAGCUGAUGCUCUUCACUCUGCCAGGGACCCCUGUUUUCAGCUAUGGGGAUGAGAUCGGCUUGCAGGAAGCUGUCGUUCCUGGACAGCCUGUGGAGGCCCCAUUCAUGCCAUGGGAUGAAUCCAGCCUCCCCCAAACUCCGGGACACAUAAGCACGAACAUGACAGUGAAGGGCCAGAAUGAAGACCCUGGCUCCCUCCUUACCCAGUUCCGGUGGCUGAGUGACCUUCGGGGUAAGGAGCGGGGUAAGGAACGCUCUCUGUUGCACGGUGACUUCCGUGCACUGACCUCCUCACCUGGCAUCUUCUCCUACGUCCGCUACUGGGACCAGAAUGAGCGUUACCUGGUGGUGCUCAACUUUCAGGACGUGGGCCUGUCAGCCAGGCUAGAGGCCGCCAACCUCCCUGCUGGUAUAAGUCUGCCAGCCAGCGCUAACCUAUUGUUUAGCACCAACAGUACCCGGCUAGGCCAAGAGCAGGGUACUUCUCUGAGUCUGGAAAACUUGUACCUGAAUCCUCAUGAGGGCUUGCUGUUACAUUUCCCAUAUGUGGCUUGACCCUACCUGUCUAAGACCUACCACCCUCCUCUCUUUUCCCCUGGCCUUUUGAAUUAUUUUUUUCUCUCCUUUUGUUUGUUUGUUUUGUUUAACUUUUGCAGAUUGCAUAUCAAUUCUCACACUGGGUGUUUUUGCCUUCAAAUAAAAAUCACCCCUGCCUGAU